UUCUGUCUUUGACGCACAUGAUUCUCACCUGAAAACAUACAACACCAUCUGCCUCCUUCCAUGGCAACUUGAUUAACACUCCCAUGCAUGCGAGGUGAAAAGAAGCAACAGCAAUGGACGAACACCACUGUAGACAUGCCCGCCGGAUUUGUAAGAGGUUUACUACUGCUUCUGGCGGCUGCGCAUGGAGACGGGUGUCGCCAUGUUGAUCACGUGGUCCAGUGUUUCCGCCCCAUUCUGCAGACGACAGAGCGCAGUGUUGAGAAGAACGAGCUGAUGCUUCUAGCAGGGGAUGUUCAGAAAGUGUCGGAACUCUGCAAGCAUUACUUCAACGGGCAAGGAUGCUUGGAAGAAAACUUAAGACGAUGUCAAGCCCUUGAUUACAUCUCCCGUGAGAACCUGAAGAUAUACGUGGAAAGCGUGGUGAAAAGGGGCGUGGUUCGUCUGUGCGAUACCCCCUCACUCAUACACAAGUAUGCGGCUUAUGGCGAUUGUUUCCGCGCUACCCAGAACACCACAGGCGCGUGUUUGCUCGAGAGCAGACGUCAGUUCCGGUCCGGUUCCCCCAUACUGCACACGGAGUCAUUAGAUGAGUUGUCUAGAAGACACUGUCGGACGAUCGAGGACCUGAUGGCCUGUGGUUUCAAGUCAGUGACUCGCACCUGUGGGCACGAGCCAGGUGUGUUGUACCUGGAAAUCAUGCAGAGACUCCUCUCCAGACGAGCUGUCGACGCCUGUAUGGGCCCCCAAGUACGUUUCCAGCACGCUAUCAACGGCUACGAACACCUACCAUCUUACAAGAUAUCGUCAGGGGCAGGUUUCGCCUCCAACUCAUAUCACCUCUUUCUAGGAAUGUUGGUCGUCCUCAUGAUCAACGACGUUGGGGUGGAUUUCUAACCAUCGUUAUGGUCACCCUCACUUACACAUUCGGAAUUAUGUGACAGAGGAAUCGUAAUGUAACGUCGAGUGACGAAUGCCUAUUAUCUCCACAUGACGUCCCGUCAUUUGAAGUACAUCUGACGCAACUUCGUCACCACGUCAUGGCUUAUGGAGAGCUGGCGAUACGGGCACUUUGACGUACAAAGACAUAUCGUCAGUCUCCUCACUGUUGUGGUUGUAGUAAGAUAUCUGUAUAACUAUUGUAAAACAAUAUGUAAACCGCGACAAAAGUCUUUCAUUAGGCCAGUCCGUUGAUUGCAGAAUAAGCGAGUUUGUUUACAAAAAAGGGAAAAGUCUGGUCACGUGAUAUGCAAAUUAGCCUGUGCCGGUGUGGCCAUAACGUAUUUUCUGAUUGGUCAGUUUUGCACAUGACCAUUUAUUUACAACUGUAAAAGGGCGUCACAUUCGAAAUUCAGUAUCUCUUCAGACAUUUAACUGACAACCUGCCCGAAAUUUGUGACACAGAAAUACAUCGAUUCAAACGUCUUACUUUGAUCACACCCUAAUUAUCUCGUAUGGUUGGUUGGUUUGUUUGUUGUUUAACGCCGCACUCAGCAAUAUUCCAGCUAUAUGACGGCGGUCUGUAAAUAAUCGAGUCUGGACCAGACAAGCCAGUGAUUAAUAUCACGAGCAU